AGAGAGUGGAUAUCUCUCAGUAUGGCAUGUUUAGAGAGGGCUUCCCCAGCUUUGAAGGAAAUCCUGCUGAAGUUAUACCACAGUGCCAACAAGUCCACAGAGAUUGAUCAUCACUUGUAUGAAUUUGGGUCUGUGGAAUACCAUAUCCAGUCAUCAGCCUCAAAUGAACAUUAUGUAUACUUGUCAAUAUCAACUCCACUGCUUUCCCAAGAAGUCCUGUUGCCAUAUGGGAUUUCACAUAGUACCAAACAGAUGGUAACAGCAAUUUGUCCAGAUGUUAUUGAGAUCAUUGAACCUGCAAAAGAAGGAUACCAGCUUACUUUAAGGCUUGAUUUUUCUAGACUGCCAAACGGAAAAGAUUCUCUAAAGAUAAUUGCUGAGAUUUCUGCUGUGCAAUCAAUAAUUUUAAGUUCUCGGCUGAAAGAAAUCUUGACAAAUGUCAACUCCUAUGAUUCAUUUCAAGGGAUGUAUAAGCCAAUCAAGCUCCUGUAUCGCCCAAGUGAGCCUUUCUUCAUUAUUAGACAGCCACAGAAGAGCAUAGCAGUAUUCCCCAUACAUUUUAAAGACAAACCAGAUGUCAUAAUCGCAACAACCUUCUUUCAGGAACUUAUGGAUGUUGGAAGCUCUGAAAAAUGGGCCAAAGCACCUCCUUGUUGCUGGUCACCAAUUCCACCUCCAGAGUUAAGAGGGGAACUUUUUGAAGAUUUGAGUACAACUGGAGGAUUUGUGUCUUUUGAGAUUUCUCCACGGCAUGUCAAAGGUAAAAAACUGGACAAGACAGUAUGGAGCUUAUUGAAUUUCUAUGCCUAUGUAAAAUUCCAUGUGAAGAGUACUAGAAGUUAUAUCCAGAGAAGGAUGAGAAAGCGUUUGGAGGGAUUAGUUGAGCUCCUUCAUACGCAUAACAUAAAAGUAGAAGAUGAAGAAACGCGAAGCCGCAAGAUUCAAGGAUUCAAGUGUACGAUAAGGAUAGCCAAUCUACCAAAAUUUACUGUCCUUAAACGAAGAUAUAAUGGAUUCAGAAGGACCAUCAAGAGAAUCAGAUCUCGAAUUAGAAUCCAUGGAUUCGGGCGAUUUCGUCACCGAUGGUUAAAACUACCAAAGUUCUCUUCUUCUAUGGGAUAUACCAAAUUAGAGUAACUAAAGAUAGAGAAGCAAUUCCACUACUGCUUCUUAUAUAGAAUGAUACGAGUUAAGUGUGCCAUCAAUAUUUUUACUAUACAGCUAAUCCCAGUUAGUAGCCAUAUAAAGUAUUUUCCUCAAAUGACAUCAUAGUUUAAUAUUAAUGUCUUAAUCUGUAAUUCUUUUGAAGUACCACAUAUAGAAUUGGUGCUCAGACAUAUUCAUCUUUUUGUAAUUUUUUAUACAUUCAGGAAAUUUACUCUGAGACUAC